AUUAUCAUUGCAUACACCCUUAUCAUUAUCUUAGCCAGCAUCUGGACAGUGAAACGACGAUAUCAGGCCGCAAGGCGGUUGCCAUUACCCCCUGGACCGCCUGGGCGUUGGCUAUUUGGAAAUAUGAUGCCAAAGUCAUAUGCGCCGUUUCAAUUCGCGAGAUGGACAGAACAGUAUGGACCUGUGUUCUCGCUCACACAAGGCUAUAGGAUUUUCGUGAUUAUAGGACGUCAUCAGGCUGCAGUGGAUAUCAUGGAAAAAGAGGGAGCAAAUCUUGCCGACCGCCCCCGUUCUAUUGCAGCGCAAGAGACGUUGACUGAUGGGUUUGGAUUACUCCUUGAGGGCACUGGUGAAAGAUUGCGCCGGCUGCGCAGGGUCUUGCAUGCGGGCUUGCAACCCAAGGUUUCGGAGACCUACGAGCCCAUGCAGACCAGGCAUGCGAAGAAUCUGGUUCUAGAUGUCUUGAAUGAUCCAAAGAAACACCAAGGUCAUGCCAUGCGUUAUUCAGCUUCGGUGGUCAUGUCCUUCACCUAUGGAAAAAUUACUCCGACUUCAUAUGCAGAUCCUGAAGUGGUUGCCGUCAAUAAGGCUUUUGCGCGUUUUAGUCAAGCUAUCCAGCCGGGAGCAUACCUUGUGGAGACACAUCCAAUCCUGCGCUUCGUCCCCGGCUACCUGAGUCAGCUGAAGGCAUGGCACAAAGAGGAACAUGCUCUCUAUAACGGGCAGUUGGACGCGGUGCGAACACAAAUGCGUGAGGGGACUACGAGGCCAUCCUUCGCGAGGUUCAUCAUAGAGCACCAGAAAGAGUACCAGCUCAAAGACAAGGAUUUGGGAUACAUUGCAGGAACGAUGUUUGGGGCCGGUUCUGAAACGACUGCGUCCGCAAUCACAAUCAUAAUGAUGGCUGCUACCACUCACACAGAUGCGCAGGCCCGCGUACAAGAGGAACUCGAUGACGUCGUGGGGCGUACGCGGCUGCCGACGUUUGCUGAUCAGGAAAUGCUGCCGCAGGUUACCGCGUUCAUCCUCGAGAGUCUCAGGUGGCGACCUGUCACUAUCGGAGGCUUUGCGCAUCGCGCGACUAAGGACAUAAUUUGGAACAACUACCUCAUUCCUGCAGGUGCGACUGUUAUUGGGAACCAUUGGGCUAUCGCAAACGAUCCUGAAGUCUUCCCGGAACCACACAAGUUUAAUCCUCAGCGUUGGAUCGACGAUGCAGGUCGUGUGCGCAGUGAUCUCAGGUUUUUUACUUUUGGCUUUGGCCGUCGUGUGUGUCCUGGUCAACAUGUCGCGACUCGGUCCAUCUUCAUCAAUACGGCUCUUAUUUUGUGGGCUUUCCGCCUUUCUGAGAAUCCUGCCGCAAAGAUUGACACGCUUGCAUUCUCGGACACUGCAAACAUACAUGCUGCUCCGUUUGAGAUAUGUUUUGCGAAGAGGGUCGAUGAGAAUGUGAUCAGGGAACUAUGCGCACCGGACAAAUAAAAGGCGUCUAUUCCAGAAACUUGAAUCUUUGUGCAAAGGAACUCUUCCCCUUGCGUUCUAGAGUCUUUUCGUUGACUGUCGGACUCAAAUUUCUUGUUACACCUAACU